UGAUUGCCCUGCUGUAGGGCUAAGAUGGUCGGCUCUUUAUCAUUUGUCACCAUACCUGUCACGUUCUAACGAGUAUGUAAGUGCGAAAGUGACGGGCAUAGCGACAAGUGAUAAAAAUGGAACCAUGCUGCAAUUGCUGCAGUGGUAUCAUGGUCGCAUUUUUAUCACCUGUCAUGUCAUGUGUCACUUUCGUACUUACAUACUUAUUAGAACGUGACAGGCAUCUUAGCCCUACUGAUUUUCAUUUCAAACUUUAUUGCGCAAUAAAAAAAUACAAUUAUUCCAAUUAAAAUAUAAUGGAAUAAUCAACUAAAUAACCGUUGUGUGCGUGAAAAUAAAAUAUUGUUCGAAUAGGUAUUUAUAUUAUUAAAUGCCAUUUAAUCAUAAUAUACUAUUCCGUAUUGUGUAAAUAACGCACAAUGUACUAUCCCGUAUUGUGUCGCCUCAUUACGGUACAAUGAAAAAUUCGUGCCUGAAAUACGGGACAACCCGUAAAAUACGGGACAUCUGGUCACCCAAUAAAACAUAUAUGACUAAAUAACCCUAUUCUGUUACCUCUUCAGCCACCGAUUUACAUGAAGUUCUGUAUGAACAUAGACGAUAUAGUUUUAGGCCCGAGAAGGACAUAAGUUACAAUUUUUUCACGGAAAUCAUCAUUACAAUAUACAAUCGGUAUAAAUUAAUAUAAUAUAUUAUUGCAUGUCAUAAAUUCGAUUUACCUAAGCGUAUGUGAAUAGUUAUCCUCAUAAAAUAAUAUUCAUAAGAAAUAUUAAACUUCCUCUUAAACGAAUCAUAUAGCUACGAAGGCGAAGCACAAAAACGAGUAGUCGCAAAAUCAGAAUUCCGCAUAACGAAGUAAGCAUGCACAAGGAAGUGUUGUUUUUCGUUUUUCUUUGCUGCCAGUUACAGCAGGUAAUUAACGAUGAAUUGCAAAGUUGCAGGCAGAGAAAUAACUGUCAUGAGUGCAUUACAGACUCGACGAUGUGUGCUUGGUGCUCUGCUGAUAACUUGAAGCUAAGCGAUAGAUGCCAGCCGGCCGAUUCAGAAGAAGCUAGAACAUGCCCCGCAGAAUAUUCCCACAGCCCAAAGAGCAAUGUUGUUGUAGACGAUAGAGAUAACCUCAACUUUUCCUCGGCUAACCAACACUCCAUACAAAUAAAACCACAAAAAAUCAAAAUGAAAGUAAGAGUAGGAGAACAAAAGAAAUUCCAUUUCUAUUAUAAAGCUGUUGAAAAUUUCCCCGUUGACUUGUAUUUUUUGCUUGAUGCCUCGAACACUAUGAAGAGAGUAAGAAAUGACAUUUCCAAAAAAAGUAAAGAAAUAUACGAUGCAAUGUAUAAUUUGACAACUGAUAUUCAAUUAGGAUACGGAACCUUCAUAGAUAAACAUGUUUUUCCCUUUCAAAAUAAUAUGACAAGAAAAUGCUACUCAUUUAAGCAUAAUUUGAAUCUGACAUCCGAAUUAGAGGAAUUUCAAACCGCCUUAAAUAAUACGAUUUUUGAAAAAAACUACGACUACCCAGAAAGCGGAUUGGAUGGUUUAGCACAAGUCAUGGCUUGCCAGAAAACAAUUCAAUUCAGGAAUCAAUCCAGAAAAGUAAUUAUGUUAAUAACCGACAGCCAUUCCCAUCACGCCGGAGACGGACAUAUGGCUGGAAUUAUAAAGCCUUAUGACGGCGAAUGUUACUUGGAUGAAGAGGGAUAUUAUACGAAAGAGAAAGAAAUGGAUUACCCUUCUGUUGGCAUGAUAAAUAAGCUGGCGGCAGAGGAUCAGUUCACAAUCAUCUUCGUGGUGACUUUGGAGUAUCGCAAACCGUAUCAAGUCCUAGCUGACGCAAUACCUGGAGCGCUCGUGUCGACGUAUGAUAAACGUACUAUUUCUGAAAAGUUGAAUAAGUUUUACAAGCACAUUAGUAAUAAUAUACUUCUAAAUGUAAAUAUGUUGGAUGAAGACAAAGAUAAAUUCGAAAUUACGUUUAAUCCGGAUUGUAGCAAAAAAGACAGUUGCAAAGUUGUAUUGGGCGAAGAAUUGCGCAUAGAUGGACUAAUAAAAUUAAAAAAAUAUUAUGGGAAAGAUAAUAUAACCAUACCAAUUUUACAGAAGGGAUUAAAAGAGGCUCUGCAUUUAGACAUCCAAAUAAUUUCCAGAUGCGAUUGUGAAUUUGUGAAUGAUUCAAGCUAUCAAAUACAAUCUAGUUUUUGUAAUUCAGCUGGCGAUUUACAGUGUGGCAUAUGCAGUUGCAAUAAAAAUAGAAGCGGCCCAACAUGUGCGUGCAUCGAGAAUAAUUCUACAAGUGGACUAUCAGAGAACUCGACCCACUGCUUUAACGAAGAUGGCGUUGAGUGCAGCAAAAAUGGCAACUGCAUUUGUGGGGGCUGCAUGUGUAGGCCAGGAUUCGCCGGGCAGUACUGUGAAGUGCGAACCGACAACUGCCAGAGAGACGACACCGGGGCGCUCUGUUCUGGCCACGGAAGGUGCUGGAACGGCACGUGCGAGUGCAUCAAGGGCUCGUGGGAGGGAGACAAAUGUGAAUGUUCCAUGUCCAAUGAACUGUGUAUGGAUGAUAAUGAAAAUGUGUGCAACAACCGUGGCAAAUGUAAAUGCGAGAAAUGCAAUUGUGACCCAUUGCCAAAAUGGGACGUCCGCGACUACAAAGAUAAACAUUGUGGCUUGUGGUGCGACGAUUGCCACACACGACAGUGCCUAGCUCUCAUCGACUGUGUGGCAUGCCACAACCAGAAGAACAGCUCGGAAGACUGUCGAGUAGAAUGUGGCGAUAAAAUUACAAUAGCGCCAGACGUAGAUCAGAAGAUUGAUAACGUUUGCGUCAAUGCUAGAGUAUCGUUUGGGUGCUACGCAAAUUUUUCGUAUUUUUACAACGAUGAUGAGCAAGGAAUUGUCUUGUAUCGGCUGUCAGAGCCGAAUUGCAACGAGGAAUAUUACAAGUACGGCGCGAUAUCCCUCUUGAGCGCGCUAGUGGUAGGCCUAAUAAUCAUAUGGGGGUUGAAGAUGCUGACGGACGCACACGACCGCGCCGAGUACGAGCGCUUCCUGCGCACUGAUGACGAUGGCGAAGCCGUCGAGAACCUCAUCUACAAACAGCCUACCAACGUGUUCCGGAACCCUAACUUUAAGAGGUCCUUUACUUUCCGAUGAUCUUGUUGUAAGGAUCGUACCUACUACCUAUGUGAAUACUGAAAAAAUAAAAAUGUACCCUAUCCCUAAUGUCAUUACUAGUUGUCAUACAAUUUAAUUUUCAAUAAAAUGUAAGGAAUCGAA